GCGGGGCCCCGGGCCAGGGAUCUACGCGGCUUGCUGUGGCGAAGGCGGCUUUAGUGGCAACAUGAAGCGCACCCAGACCGCGGAGGAACGAGAGCGCGAAGCUAAGAAACUGAGGCUUCUUGAAGAACUUGAAGACACUUGGCUUCCUUAUCUAACCCCCAAAGAUGACGAAUUCUAUCAGCAGUGGCAGCUGAAAUAUCCUAAAUUGAUUCUCCGAGAAUCCGGCAGUGUGUCUGAGGAGCUACACAAAGAGGUUCAAGAUGCUUUUCUCACCCUGCACAAGCAUGGAUGCUUAUUUCGGGACCUGGUUAGGAUCCAAGGCAAAGAUUUGCUCACUCCAGUAUCUCGCAUCCUCAUUGGUAAUCCAGGCUGCACCUACAAGUACCUGAACACCAGGCUCUUUACAGUCCCCUGGCCAGUGAAGGGCUCUACUGUAAACUAUACUGAAGCCGAGAUUGCUGCUGCUUGUCAGACCUUCCUCAAGCUCAAUGACUAUCUGCAGAUAGAAACCAUCCAGGCUUUGGAAGAACUCGCUGUCAAAGAGAAGGCCAAUGAAGAUGCUGUGCCAGUGUGUAUGGCAGAGUUCCCCAGGGUCGGUAUGGGGUCAGCCUAUGAUGCACAAGAUGAAGUGGAUCUUAAGAGCAGAGCAGCAUACAAUGUAACUUUGCUCAAUUUCAUGGAUCCUCAGAAAAUGCCAUACCUGAAAGAGGAGCCUUAUUUUGGCAUGGGGAAAAUGGCAGUGAGCUGGCAUCAUGAUGAAAAUCUGGUGGAAAGGUCAGCGGUGGCUGUGUACAGUUAUAGCUGUGAAGGUUCUGAAGAGGAGAGUGAAGAUGAUUCUCACUUUGAAGGCAGAGAUCCUGAUACUUGGCAUGUUGGUUUUAAGAUCUCAUGGGACAUAGAGACACCUGGUUUGGCAAUUCCCCUUCACCAAGGAGACUGCUAUUUUAUGCUUGAUGAUCUCAAUGCCACCCACCAACACUGUGUUUUGGCUGGUUCACAACCUCGGUUUAGUUCCACCCACCGAGUGGCAGAGUGCUCGACGGGAACCUUGGAUUAUAUUUUACAGCGCUGCCAGGUGGCUUUGCAGAAUAUCCGUGAAGACAUGGACAAUGGUGAUGUCUCUUUGAAAUCCUUUGAACCUGCAGUUUUGAAACAAGGGGAAGAAAUUCACAAUGAGGUCGAGUUUGAGUGGCUGAGACAGUUUUGGUUUCAAGGCAGUCGAUACAAAAAGUGCACCGACUGGUGGUGCGAACCCAUGGCGAACCUGGAAGGGCAGUGGAAGAAGAUGGAGAACGUGACAAAUGCCGUGCUUCGGGAAGUUAAAAGAGAGGGGCUCCCCGUGGAACAAAGGAAUGAACUCCUGACUGCGGUCCUUGCCCCGCUCACCACACGCCAGAACCUGAGGAGGGAGUGGCAUGCCAGGUGCCAGUGCCGAAUCGCCCGAACUUUGCCCAUGGACCAGAAACCAGACUGUCGGCCAUACUGGGAAAAGGACGAUGCCUCCAUGCCUCUGCCCUUUGACCUCACAGACAUCGUUUCAGAACUCAGAGCUCAGCUUCUGGAAGCAAAGCCCUAGGAGGAGCACCAUCUUAGGUGGAGAAGGAAAAGACGUGUUGGCCUCUCUCCCGCAACCUUAUCACGGGCUUGGGCAAAGCGUAGGCCUCUCUUGGCCCUCAGGUUGUAGAACCUGGGUCCCAAUUCAAAACAGCUAGGGAAUGGAGCCUGUGAAUAGUACAAUGUUGAAAAACAACAGUGCCAUCGUCCCAUUUGGUAUUAAACAAGAACUUCCCCUAGAAAACUUGCCCACUUGGCUUUUUUCAUAGGAGCCUGUCAGCCCCCAAGGGCCAAAGGAGGUAGCAGGGGUGAGCCCAACUCGAGACAGAGCCUCACCUGCUUUCCUCCUCCAGCCUCCACCAGAUGUAGAGUGGACCCAAUUGUCUGGGGAAAGACAGAUCCUAGAGUCGUCCAUCCCUGUUCCUCACCAUACCCUCUAGAGGCCACCCAAUAUGGCCAUCUCUAGCCAACUGUGGCAUCUCCAAUUUAAAUUCAAUUUUAAUUAAAGAUUCAGUUCCUUGGUUUCCCAAGCCACUUCAAAGCCACCUGUAGCUAGUGACUACUGUUUUGGACAGUACAACUCUGGAGCAUUGGUAUCAUUGUAGAAAGUCCUCUUGGAAGAAGUGUUCACAGGAGGUAUUCGCCUUUCCGGUUCUUCGUAGCUGCUCUUCCCACAGGAGAAUGGAAUUAAAAGAGCAGGGACCCUGAAGAGUAGCCUCUUUCCCUUUUCAGAGACAAAGCUCAGUAAAAAUCCUGAGAUGUAAGUCCCGCACACCACACUCAGGAACGGGGAAGUGUUCACAAUUAAAACAAAGCUGACAUCCUGUCUCUAGGGACUUGCCCUGUUCUGAUGACAGAGAUCAGCCCAGGUUACAUUGCGUCAUGAAUUUAGCCAGCAUAGCACAAGUUUUUCUCUAAUGCCCCCAUUUGCAGAUAAUGAGCCCUGAAGAACCCCAGUGCUCCAUCCUAAUAACAUUGGCAUUACAGAGACACCAAGUAGAAGAGGUCGAACCUGGCCUCCGGCUUCAGUGCCUAAAUUAAGACUCCCACUAGCUUUGUGACCUUUGGCACAUUCUCCUGCCUCAGUCUCCUCAUCUCUAUAAUGGGGAUGCUAAAGGCAUCAGAUCCCAAGAUGAAGAUUAAGUGACAUAAUCUAGCUGCAGACUUAGAUCAUUUCCUGGCACGUUUUAAAUACUAGAUAAAUAUUAGUGUUGUUAUGUAUCGGUAAGUGGACCCGGAUCUAGAUGUUUUCCCCUCCCUUUCUGGAUCGCUGUGCCAGUUUUUUGUCUUGCGAUGCCAUUAAGACACCUUUCCCGUUCUGGCUUGGCUCCUGACCUUUGGUGUCCCAAGAAAUCACCAGGGUACUUAGCCCUUCUUCUCCUUGGCCCGUUGCCUCCCCUCGUAGCCUUCACAGUAGAUUAGGAGCGGGAGAACUUUUGCCCAGGAGACAUGCACUGGGAAUGGCCUCUUUGCUGCCACCAGGCUCUGAUGACUGAAGGCACUCUCCCACUGAGCUGGUUCCCAGGCCACAGAGCGGCCAGGGUGCGCCAUGUUGAGACUCAAGGCUCUCAGACCCUGGACUCAUUCCUUCAUGUCUUUGAGCCUCGGUUUCCUCAUCAGUAAAAGAGAUGCGAAGGUCAUUGACAGGAAUGAAGGGAAGUAACAGAAGCCACGCUGGGGCGCCAGGCUGGGGCCCCCGCCUCUGACCAUCUGGCCCACUUUUUAUUUAGUCCUCCUGAUGUUUGUUCGUUGUUACAUUUCCGUAGGUGCCAGUACUUUUGAAUUGGGAGAUUUCACAUAAAGUAAAAUGUCUGCAUUCUCUUUAGAAUCUGGAGCACCUUCCAGCCCUAGGCCUGCCUCCCAGCAUGGCAGCAGGCCAAGUGACGUCUUCCCGCUCUGAAGUGGCCAUGCCUCCCUGUGGUUUGCAAUGAACCCUGUCGCUCCCUGUUUUUGUUUGCUGUAAACCUGACCUGCUCCACCCCUCAUGUCCACACUUUCCAAACCUGCUUGCUCGUAGCCCAGUAGUAAGAAUCACUAAUGCUUAGCGCGUACCCCAACAUGUGUGUAUUCCUACCCAACUAUAUUCAUGAACUGCUUGUACUCAUAUGUUGUGUGCAUCAUUAAACACUCAUAUACAAUAAAGAUAUUA